GAAAUGAGAAGUUCAGAUGCACGCAGCGCGAACAAAAAUCCAUUUUAGGCUGGUGGUCUGGCAUGGAAAGUCCGGAUGUUGCUACUCCUGUAAAGCUUCAUGUAAAUGGGGACGACAUUGGUGUCACCACACCUUCUGGUGGUUUGAUUUUCAAUCCAUUUCACAGAGAAUUUCUCAGCCGAGUGGGACAAAUGACAUUUAGCCCCGGAGUGUUUGCUUACAAUCAAAGCCCGAUUACGAAAGAUGGUUCACGAAGGAGUCUACCAUUUAUGUUGUCCCCGGACACACAAGGAUUACUUUUUCCAGCUGAAAUUGACGAGAACCCGGUCCUACAGCAGAAACUUCAGGAGCAAUUGGACACCCAGGUUAAAUUGUCCAUACGCUUUGCUAUUCUGAUGAGAUUUGUCUUGUAUAUUGUUUCAUGCUUUGCUUAUUGGGAUUCAUUUCAUUUCGAUGAACUGCUAUUUGACAACAGUCCCCGUAGGGAUAACUAAUGUGACGACAAUGUUCAAGACACGAUUCAUAGCUUCUUUAAAACCCACUUGAUUGCUCCAAGUCCCGAUACAGCUGACCAGAUAAGCAUGGAGCAUGUUCGAUGCUUUCUCCCAAGAACUUCAUCAAUGAUACCUGCAAUAACGCCGAAAGGAAAGAAGAAAAGUUCUUGUCCACAAGAUCCCAAUCCCAUCCUCUUAUCUGAAGUUGCCAUACAAACCGCUGUGUCCAUGCCUCCGGAUUUCGAUUUUGAAGGUGUAUUGCGGUCUGCCUUGAAGGACGUCAAUUUGAAUCAAUGUACUUCACCAUCCAAGCCAAAUGAAAGUUUAUCAGAACAGGACUACGGUACAAGAUCAUCUGUGCAGCCGUCUCUAUCGGCUUGCACGGUCCAGCGUCCAACUGAUGAUGAUUCAAAUAGCCAGUUUUUCCUGUGUUCAUCCUGUCGGAAACCCCAUAAAAUAUCGCAACACUAUAGUCGACGCAGUUUGUUUUCAGAGUCCUCGAUUCCGGACGAUAGUAGUACUCGUUUUGAUGGAGAAUUCACAAGUCAACGCACUCUGGUACCCAAGGAAUCAUUGGCGAAUCGACCGGUACGUUCCACCUAUAUGUCAAGCAGUGCUAUUGAGGCGGAAGAUAGUUCGAGCGAUGGGGAAGAGAAUCAAGAUAUCGUAUCUCUUACGGACGAACGGGGAUUACCUCAUUCUGACCUCAUUAACUUUGGUGGACGCUUAGAGAAGACCAUGUCUUGCAGCCUUGAAGACGUCCAUGGAUUGGAAGUAUCCUGCGAUCGACGUUCUGUUGAAUCUUUACCGUCGACUCCAUCUUCAACCCAUUUCCUUCGUCGCUAUAAAGGUGGUGGAGUAGCCCCGUGUGAGCCAACAUGUGAAACUAACCUUACUGUCUCCAUGACUUCGGACUAUUCCGGUCGCCGGUGUUUAUUUGUCCCCAGUCCAUUCAGUGCUCACCGAGAGGGUGCUCUAUUCUGUGUGGACAGUCCUCAUCUUUCACCAAUUUUACCAGCGAGUCGUUCUGAUUCCCCACAACCUCCGCAUGCCUUCGAUGAACAGCCCGACAAUCUGGUUUCUCCAGGAUUUGGUUGGAACCCGAUUCGCCGAUUAUCCUGACCGAAGUUUUCCCAGUUCGUGAAAUGUUUUAAUUGAUCUCGAAUGACAAUAUAUGGAGUCGUAAAUUUGCAUUUUCUAGCGAUAUGGAGAACAUUUUAAUCAACUUCUGUUCCUAUAACACAUUCCCCGCUCUGGCACAUAUGUUGACCAUUCAAAUAUUGGCUCUGCAUGUGAGAAUUCUUGAGCACUUAUGAGCACAUUUGACCUAUUAGGUGAUGUGAUUUUUUAUGGUGAUUUCACAUGAGUCACACUCCGCAAUCGAGGGGGCUGUAGUGUAUUUUUAUACCACCGCAUGCUUACUGCAUUGAUUGAGAUCUGUGCGGAUCUCUGUUUGUCUCAAAUGCACAACUGAUUCACUAGUCAAACGUGUGUACGAUCUAUGUAUACAUUUGUAUGGCUUUUUUUCCUGCAAAUACACCCCUUAGGGUUACAGUGACCAACCUCUUUUUGAGGACUGUUUUCCUUCUGUUUAACCAGAUGAUUUGGAAGGUGUUGUAAUUAUGGGGGUA